AUGGCACCACCAAUGCUCUUCCGACUCAUUCUUCUGUUUCUCCUUUCCGGCAUGAUCACGUCGUGGUCCAUCGUCAAGACUCUCCCAGGCUAUCUUAGUGAUCUCCCGUUUCAACUAGAAACUGGUUACGUUGGCAUAGGAGAAAAAGAUGAAAUACAGCUGUUCUGCUACUUCAUUGAAUCAGAAAGGAGUCCGAAAGAUGAUCCUCUCAUACUUUGGCUUCCUGGCGGCCCUGGUUGUUCUGGUCUUCGUGCCUUUUUCUAUGAAAUCGGUACGUUUGAUACUCUUAAACUCAUCGAAUAAGUUGAACUUUCCAAAACUUAGGUGGUCAGUGUUCUAGCAAGUGUUAAUGGUCUCCUGCAUGCAUAGUGUUAUUUCAGAAACAAUGAUGCCUUCAACUGUAAUAUGAUAAAUUAAAGAAAGGUGUUAUUUGGACUUAAUUUAAUUAAAAAGGGUUUGUGUGUACUUUCUCUGGAAAGUAAAAGUACAACUCCCAUCAAUCAGGCGAACAAUCCUUCGGUCAAUAAAAGACGGCAAAAUCUUAAAAAAAUCACGUUAAGGUUUCGCUUUGAUUAGAAAGAAAAUAACGUUAGAAAUUGAAUGCGAUAAAAAAUGAAAUAAAAGAAAAGAACAGAAAAUAUAUAUUUAGUUAAUAUGA